GUUUGCUGAACCGAAACAACAGACAGGGUGUUUGAGCUGAUACUGUUUGUAAACCUUGCAAUAAUUAUGAAGUCUUGUUGCCUCUACAGCACCGGGGUGCUCGCUAUUCUUAUAUUAAUUGCUGGAAUUGCUAUGGUUUUGGCUCAGGUUUUCCAAAACCUAUUGUACAACAAGAUAAAAAGGGAAGUGGUGCUGGAAAACGGGACAGAGGCCUUUGCGGUGUGGCAUGAUCCACCUCCGCCUGUGUACAUGCAGUUUUACUUCUUCAAUCUGAGCAAUCCUGAGGAAGUGCUGUCCGGAGACAGACCUGUAGUGAUUGAGCUCGGGCCGUACACGUACAGAGAGUAUCGACCUAUGGAAGGAGUGAACUUUAUGUACAAUGGCACCAGAGUAGCUGCAGUUAACCCAAAAACAUACAUUUUCGAGCCCAACAUGUCCCGAGGAUCAGAAGAUGACAUCAUCAGGACUGUCAACAUCCCAGCAGUGACAGUGAUGGAGAAGUUUCAAAAUUCCAUCUUCAGCCGUAUAAUCUCUGAUUUGAUGAAAAGUAAAAAUGAGAGACUUUUUGGGACAUGGAAAGUGGGACAGCUGCUCUGGGGCUAUGAGGACCCGUUACUCAAAGAACUUAAGACGUUUGAUCUUUCUCUGGACCCCAACUUCGGGCUAUUUUACAAGAUGAAUGGCACAGACGACGGCGAAUAUGUGUUUUAUACCGGUAAACAGAACUAUCAGGACUUUGCUCGAGUGGAUUUAUGGAGAGGCCAGAGUUCUCUUGAUUGGUGGACCACAGACGAGUGCAACAUGAUCAAUGGGACCAAUGGCGCAACCUUUCAUCCGAUCAUCACCAAGACGGAGAAGCUCUACAUGUUUUCAUCCGAUCUCUGCAGGUCAAUCUAUGCUACGUUUGAGUUGGAGCGGAGUGUCAAGGGAGUUCCUGCUUACCGCUUUGUCCCUCCCAGUGAAGUUUUUGCAAAUAUUACAGUUAAUCCAGAUAAUGCUGGAUUCUGCGUGGGAGGAAAAUGUCUCGCUUCAGGUCUGCUAAAUGUCAGCAGCUGCAAACAAGGUGCGCCAAUCAUCAUGUCCUCUCCUCAUUUCUAUCAAGCUGAUGAGAAGUUUGCUGAUGAUAUAAUUGGGUUGCGACCCACAAAAAAGGAGCAUGAGACAGCCAUUGACAUUAACCCACUGACUGGAUUUGUUGUGCAAGCAGCAAAACGUCUUCAGGUGAACGUCUUCAUUGAGAAACUUCCCGCCUUCAGCCAAACUGGUGAUGUCAGGACUUUGGUUUAUCCUGUGAUGUACAUUAAUGAGAGCAUCCUAAUCGAUGAAGAUUCAGCCAAAAAGCUUCGAAGCAUGGUCACCCAGGCCGACGUCGUGAUUAACGUGCCUUUCUUCAUUAUUGGUCUCGGCAUCUUAUUAGGUGCCGUCUUCAUCAUAUUCAUGUGUCGUCAGGAGCGGAGCACUCCUGAUGAACGCCAGCCUUUGCUGAGCUCGUAACACAACAGGAAGUGGAUGUUUUUCCAGAUGUCAAUGCAGUGUGAGCGGAAAGUAGCUUCGCACUGAACCGAUCAUGAAACCCUUCAGUAAUGCAAGCGAAUGCAGUAUUGUUCACUCCUGUGGGUCACAGUAGAAAGACUUUGACUUAAUAUUUUUGAAACUAAAUAACGGGCAACUAAGCCAAGCAGAAAUAGCUUUAAUGUAUGUUUUAGUCAGGAAAUGUUUGCAUGCACUGCCAUAAUACAAUCGCUUACAGUCACUUAGACUUUCCAUGAAGGCUAUAUUGAUAGUCGUAAAACUCUAAUAUGUCAUACAUUUCCAGUAUAGUAAUAGCAUUAAUUCCUUGAGUACUUAUGUUAAUGUAAAUAAUUGUGUUUAGUAUAAAUACACACGUGAUUAUCAGGAAAUCGUGCGCACUGAUUGGUUGAGAAGUUUCGGACUAUUUUUCAAUAAUCACUUCGAGCGACUCGGCAAAACGGCGGCCAAUCGCUUCGUCACCGUAAGUGAGGAAGAAUUGCAAAUGAUGAAAGAAAACGCUGUUCCUAAAAGCACUAAAGAUGCUACGAAGUUUGGUCUAAAACUAUUCAAAGGUAAGGUGGAAUUGUGAUUUAUUUUAGCGAUUUCAAAACUAAGUAUUUUAUGUGUCGGCGUAGAUAAGUGACGCAAGUCUGCGUCGCAACAUUAUUACGUUUGCGUGCCGCUUUUGAAGUUUGAAAUACAUUUUUAAAAAAAUAAUAAUCACCUGCAUAUUUAUACUAAAACAAUUAUCCGUCUCAGGCUCAGUGAAUAUUUAAAUAAUAUCAGCUUGCGUUGAGUGGUACAUCAGAUAUAUUCCAUUCAGCUAGCAUGAUACCGAACGAGUUGAAGACGAGUUAUUCUACAUACACAUUCCUUUCAGGUGUUCAGCGCGUCGUUCUGUUUCAAAAUUCUCUCAAUCUUCCGUAUUUAACGAAGCAAACCUGCCGGCCAUGUUUGUUUACAAAUUCACAGUCGCUCGCUAGUGCAAGAUGGAAACAUCUCCGAUGUAUGACAUCAUGUCGUCUGGACAACCAUGCAAUAUCGUAAACCAUAUUCAACGCUCAUUUUCCAUUGGGUAGAGUGACGUAAUACAUGUAGGAUAAGCGAUAUGCUAACAAUAUCGCAUGCUAUCAAACCACACGAACGAAACCCGCUAAAAGGGAAUAGAACGCGUGUUUUUAUUGCAUUGAAAGUGUCCUGUAUGUAUAAUAAUCACUGAUAUUCACUUCACCGGGCGGCACGGUGGUGUAGUGGUUAGCGCUGUCGCCUCG